CUAAAGAUGCUCUAAUAUGUGUACCUUUAGUCACUUUUUGUGUAUCUUAAACGCAAAAUUAAGGUAAAUUAUUUUGUUUGGAUCUGAGUUCGGAUUUUGGAGAGGGAAAUUUCCAUGAAUCAAGAGUAUGAUUUAUAAAUAAUAGGUUCCGAGUUUGGACCUCUGUAUCCUUUCCUUCCCCAAACAAAGCAUAAAUCGGUAUGCUUUCCGACCUAAAAACCAUAUCAAGAAUCCCAAAUUCUGGAACAAAAUAGCUACUCCGUUUAUCCAAACAUAUGUGCAAAAAUGUACGAUUUGGAGACAGGCGUCGAAGAUGCGGAACGAACCGCAUUCAGAAAAGCAGAGAAGAAGUACAAAUUGUACUUCGAUAGCGGCAGAAGGAAAAAACAGCCGAGGCCUGUGGAUUUAUCAGAGGUGAUUGAUUUCAAGUCCAUUAAUGAGUGUUAUACUCAAAAUUCCGAGCUUCCUCCUGGAAUUUCAGUGCUCCAAUGUGACUUCGAUCGACCUGUUUUUCGCUUGGAAAGCCAUCCAGGGUUUUAUUUCAUUCCUGGUGCAUUAAGCGUUAAGGAACAGUGUCAUUGGAUAAAGGAGAGUUUAACAAGAUUUCCUCAGCCACCUAAUAGAACAAACCACAAUGCUAUAUAUGGACCUGUAAUGGACUUAUUUAUAUCUGCCAAACAAGGCAUGGUUUUAGUUGAAGAGGAGCAUUCAUGUCAUAUAAAUGGUACUGAUGCUAAUAAUGAUCAGAGUGCGUCAUGCGAAUCAUGUGCGCCUCCUUGGAAAUUUUCUAAUGUACAGAGUUUGUCUUCGAGAGGAGAAGCACGCAAACUAUUACCUGCAUCUGUUUUGCUUCGUAAGUUACGGUGGAGCACCCUAGGCUUGCAGUUUGACUGGUCCAAGAGGAGCUACAAUGUAUCUUUACCUCAUAACAAAAUACCAGAUGAACUUUGCCAGCUUUCUACAAAAUUGGCAGCCCCUGCUAUGUGGCCAGGUCAAAACUUCCAGCCUGAAGCAGCAAUUGUCAAUUACUUUGGUCAAGGUGACAUGCUUGGUGGCCACCUUGAUGACAUGGAAAAAGAUUGGACCAAACCUAUUGUGAGCAUGAGUUUGGGAUGCAAAGCUAUAUUUCUCAUUGGGGGGAAGUCUAGGGAACAUAUGCCCAUUGCAAUGUUUUUACGUAGUGGUGAUGUUAUCCUUAUGGAAGGAGCGGCUAGGGAAUGCUUCCAUGGCGUGCCAAGGAUCUUCACUGACAAGGAACAUGCUGAAAUAACAGAACUGGAGUCGCACUUUUCCGAUGAAGGCAGCUCCUCCUUCUUGGAAUAUAUUCGGACUUCUAGAGUAAACAUCAACAUCAGGCAAGUUUUCUGAUGCCUUUCAAAUUCUGGAUCACAGUAAUCCAAUAGACAGGACCCUAGCCUUCACCCCAUGAAGCAGAAAGUUGCUAUUCUUCCAGGCUAGAUGCUGUGCAAAUAUUGUAUUUCAUAUUUUGCACUUAGUGAGUGGUUCUAUACUUCUAUAUUGUACUUGCAUUUUUGUAUUAGGAUUAAGAUGUUAAUGGAUUGUGUUUCAUUUUUAUAACUAUGAAAACAUAUUCUCUUCACAGCAAAGAUUACCAACACCAUUUAGGUUGCAGUUUUCCGGUUGGAGGAAGAUAUUUUUGUACUAGAUCAUUUCAGAUUCCUGUUUCAUACUUGUUAUAUCUGUAAAAAUGAUGAUGAUGAAUGUGUGAUAGUGUUAAGUUCCUGCUUUGUAUGGUUA